UUUUUAUAUACUAUAUACUCCAAAUAAUAAAUUACAUUACAUUUUGCUCCUCAUUUUUUUAUCAGACAACUUAUUAUCGCCGCAGAGUUUUUUUUGCUUUAUUUCCUGGCCACACAAUUUAAUUAUUAGCAGUUGAUGCUAUAAUUUGGCGAGCGAAUAAUUUGGGCAAACGAGAAUCUCAACCUUUCAAAGGCAGCUGGUUUGUUGAAAAUGAGCGAGAAAGACUAUAGGCGGCUUUCAAUGCCAGACAUUCCACGCGACACUAGAAAAGAUUCCAAAACAAUGGAAGCGCCAAACGCGGCAUCAUUUGUGCAUAAUGUGGUAAGUAUCAGUAAACACAGUGGAUUGCGAAGAAGAAGUAGAUGACAAAAGUGGCGGCCAUGAUCUGCAGUCGAAUGCGGGCGGGGCCAUGAUUAUUGGCCCUGAAUAGCAACGAAACCAUGUCAGCUCUUCAGGCCACAAGGCUAUUCGGGAUGGAGAGUGGCCCUCGGAUGUUCCUGGACGCAGUGGCCAAGGGUAAACUACAUCUGGCCAAGUUCAUAGUGGCCGCAUCCGACAACAGCCUAGACGUCCUCAAUGUCAAGGAUUCGGAGGGGAGGACGGCACUGAUCACGUCUGUGGUGUCGAUCCCGGAGAUCAGGACUCGGACCAAGAUGGUGGCGAUGAUCUGCGACAAGGGCGGAGACACUGACAUACAGGACAACCACGGAGGCACUGCACUCUACUACGCCUGUCAGCUGCGAGCCAACGAACUAGUCAAAAUACUCAUCAAGAGGGGUGUGGAUCCCAAUCUGUCGGAUGAAAGUGGGUGCACUCCCCUCAUCAUGUGUUGUCGGGUCGGCAACGACAUCGGCACUGAGAUCCUCGUCAAGUGCUACAGACGCCUCGGACUGGACGUGGACCACGAGGAUGGCAACGGAAUGACCGCACUUAUGACCGCACUUAAACAGGGGUACCACGAAUGUGCCCGUGUUCUGGUACACCUGGGCAAGGCUUCUCUGACGAAGAAGGCACAGCAGAAGGAGGGAUGUAUGGACCCCAUAGAGUGGGCACUCAGAAAUGGAUAUUCACAGGAGGAGAUUGACUCUAUAGUGCAGAAACAUGCAGUGGAUGACUUGUUGGCAGUCAGAGACCAGCUGAAUGUGGCCAGGACUCUCUCCAACUUCGACAGCGACCUCUCAGCCACAGACGAGACAGACACCGACAACUGACACACGUCACGACAGCUGGACAAACACUGAACGAACAGUGAACAAAUCUUUAUCAAUCAAACUCAUUUCAGUCAGAUCAAUUCUUUCUGUCGAAUGGUACAGUUCUCAUAGUUUAAAAUUUAGGCGCUUUUGUGACUAGCAAUUUUUGAAGGCCCUUGGAAAACCGAAUGAUUCGCCAGUCAAAGGAUUUACG